AUGGUAUCAGUUUUCAGGCUUUCAGCUUUGUGGCAUAGCGUAUCCCAGCGAACUCUAACCCGUAAAACCAAGCGAAACCAACAAAUAUUACACCAGCGAAGGAAAAUCCCAAAGAAGAGAUCAGCAUGAGCGAGUUGUCCAGACUGCAGCAGCAGCAGGAUCAGGAGCAAGUUCCCCAGGAGCUGAUCGACUGCGACAUUGCCUCUUUGGAUGAUACGACCUCCGAGGUGGGGGUUGUCAAGACGCCACCCCGUAACAAGCAAUACACCAAUGCCCUGAAGAAGGUGAACAAGUUGCAGCGCGUUCUGGAGCAGGCCCUGGUCAUGCUGGCCGAGAAGGAGGCCUGGGGCCAGGAGGGCGAUGUCAGGAUGCCAUCCAGUAACAAGCGAUACACCAAAGCCAUGAAUAAGGUGACUAAGGUGGAGCGCAUGCUGGGACACGCACUGAUUCUGCUGUCCGAGGAGGAGUUCAAGUGCCGGGAGCAGGCGCAGGAAGGGGGCUCCAAGAAGGCCAAGAAGCAGCUGAAGAAGAAGGCCAAGAAGGACAAGAAGAAGGCCAAGAAGCUGGCCAAGAAGCAGGCCAAGAAACAGGCGGAGGAGCAGACGGCAACUGGGGAGGAGCCCCCCAACACCUCCAGCUCCAGCUCCAGUUCCAGCUCUAGCUCCUCCAGCUCCAGCUCAUCCAGUUCCAGUUCGAGCUCCGAUUCCGAGGACGAAGAGGUAUUCUACGGCUACGGCUGGGCCAGCAAUCCUUGGCGCCGUGGACCACAUGGCCAUCACGGCUUCGGUCGCCGGCUUGGUCACGGUUUUGGCCACAAACAUGGUCGCAAGCAUGGCCACAAGCAUGGUCACGGACCUCAUCAUCAUGGCCGACAUGGACAUGGACAUGGACAUGGACAUGGACAUGGCCGCCCUCACCACCGCCAUCCACAUGGUCACCACUUCGGACCAACUCAUUUUGCACCCCUCUUUGGACCACAUUUUGGACCACCCGCUGGACCUUCUCUCUAUGACAUCGAUCGCAGAUCCUUUGGCGGACCCUGGCAGGAUCAGUGCCAGUUUUUUCGAUGGAUGGGCCUGCCGCGGGCCCAGAAGAAUGCCGCGGCCUGUCGGAGGAGCCACUCGCUGCCUAGACUAUCUCGGCGCGACUGUCGUGGAGAUCUCGGACUCGGAUUCGGAUUCGGACCAGAAUACGGAUACGGAUAUGGCCAACCGUGUCGACCACAUGACCGUCGAGUAGAGAGAUCCCUUUCCCGUUCGAGGUCCAGUUCCAGUUCCAGCUCCAGCUCUAGCUCCAGUUCUUCCUCGGAGGAUGAGAAGAAAGGGAAGAAGUGCAAGGGCAAAGGCAAGGGCAAAGGCAAGGGCAAAGGCAGAGGAAAGGGAAAGGGCAAGGACAAGAGAAGAAGGCAGCGCUCCUCCUCCAGCUCCUCAUCUAGUUCCAGCUCCUCAUCGAGCUCCAGUUCCUCAUCGAGCAGCAGCUCCAGUUCGGAUGACGAAGUGCAAAAGAGGCACCGCCGACAUGGGCGUCAUUUCGGACCGCCCCAUGGCCACCACUUCGGGCCUCCACAUGGCCAUCACUUUGGGCCACCACAUGGCCAUCACUUUGGCCCUCCACAUGGCCACCACUCUGGUCCAUCACAUGGCCACCACUCUGGUUCAUCACAUGGCCACCACUCUGGUCCUCGCCAUGAAGGUCACCGUGGCCACCACUUUGGUCCCCAUCAUGGCGGUCACCAUGGCCAUCAUUUUGGCCCGCAUCACAACAGACAACAUGGCCCCCAAAGAGAACCCACUGAAGGACCAGCAUUUGACCACCAGCGCCGUCCGGAGUUUCCUUUCGCCCAUCAUGGACCACCACCAGCUGAGUUCCCAGGUCAUCGCAGUCGUUCCCUGUCCCGAUCCCAGUGCCGCAACGAAAAGCAGACUCGUUUCCCAUCCUGUGUCGAGGAAAAGAGCGCCAAAGUCGAGAAGGAAGAGUGCAAGAAGGGAAAGAAGGGAAAGAAGGGAAAGAAGCACGGAAAACGCGGUCAUGGACAUGGACAUGGACAUCAUCGUGGUUAGGCAAUCACAGCCAGCGUUUAAGAUGCACUAGGACUCCUUCAAUACAACCUAUACCCAUAUAUAUAUCUAUACAUAUAUAUAUAUAUAUACUAUACUUUUAAUAUCCAGAAGCUUCUGUAUUAUUAUAUAAAU